GCGAGUCUGCGGUGCAGCAAUAUCCUACUAACCCAGAUUAGCCCACGAAAGGAACAAAAGCCGAGCCCGCCAUUGCUUUUUAAAUUAUAACUGAACAAGGCUUAAUAUAGGCCUACGAGGUAAAAACGGGGGCGAAUUAAGGAGACGUCGUUGAGGUUGCAAUAACCAUGUAGCCUUGUAUAAAACUCUGUGUUGAAGCCGAUCUGAAAUGGCGUGCGUAAGAUUUUUUAUUGGAAAUAUAAAACGUGGCCAGUCUCCUACAUAGUCAAACCGGUUUCGGUUGCAGCAUAUCUCGUGCUUCGUGAAGAAUACGCUCCGUUGGGAGCAGCGGUCCUUUUCGAGGGGAGGACAGCAGCAUCUCUGUCAUGGCGCCCGUGUACCAGGUGAAGUCCAACCUGAAGAGCAUGGAGCAGGAGCUCCAGUGCCCGGUGUGUAAAGGCAUGGUCAAGCAGCCGGUGGUGCUGCCCUGCCUGCACAGCGUGUGCCUGCUGUGCGCCUCCGAGGUGCUGGUGCAGAGCGGGUACCCCCCGCCUGACCUGCCCCCCGAGCCCAACUCGCCCGCCUCCACGCCCAACACCCGCUCCCCGCGCCAGGCGCGCCGACCACUGCCCAAAGCAGACCGCGUGGACCGCCAGCUCAGGCAAGGGUUUGGCACGUACCCUGGGCGCAGACGUAAAGAGGGCCCCUCUGCGGCCAUGCUGUUCCCCUGCGUGCCCUGUGGGAGGGACGUGGAGUUGGGGGAGAGGGGGCUGGCCGACUGCAUGAGGAACCUCACUCUGGAGCGCAUCGUGGAGAGGUACAGACACACAGUGAGUCUGGGCAGUACUGCUGUCUUGUGUCAGUUCUGUAAGCCUCCUCAGCCUCUGGAGGCCACCAAGGGCUGUGCCGACUGCAGGGCCAACUUCUGCAAUGAGUGCUUCAAGCUGUACCACCCCUGGGGCACACCCCGUGCCCAGCACGAGCAUGUGCUGCCCACCCUCAACUUCAGACCCAAGGUGUUGUCAUGUAUUGAGCAUGACCAGGAGCGGCUGCAGUUCUACUGUAAGUCCUGCCAGAGGCUACUCUGCUCUCUGUGCAAGCUGCGCCGCGUCCACGCCGGACACAAGAUCAUCCCCAUCACGCAGGCCUACCAGACCCUGAAGGAUAAGAUCACCAAGGAGCUGAACUAUGUGCUGUCUAAUCAGGACACGGUGUUGUCACAGAUCACCCAGCUGGAGAAUGUCAUCACUCAGACAGAGGUGAACAGUGUGUCUGCGAGGGAGCAGCUGGCCCAGUGUGUGCGCGACCUGACCGCCCUCAUCGCCGAGCGACAGGCGGGACUGGCCCAGACGCUGGAGGCCUCUCGGCAGAGGCGGGGCGAGGCGUUGGCCAAUCAGGUGGCAGAGAGGCGGAGCCUGCUGGAGCACGCGGGCCUGCUGGCGUUCGCCCAGGAGCUGCUCAAGGAGACCGACCCGUCCUGCUUUGUCCACGCCGCCCGCCACACACACAACAGGCUGGCCCAGUCUAUCGAGUCCCUGCAGUGCUUUUCUCUGGCUGCUGAUCCGUCCUUCCGCCACUUCCAGCUGGACGUGUCGCGCGAGCUCAAGCUGCUCUCCGAGCUGGGCUUCAUCCAGGCCCCUCUGGCACCUGUGAUCGACACCCAGCGCACCCUAGCCUACGAUCAGCUUUUCCUCUGCUGGCGGCUGCCACAGGACUCCUGUCCUGCCUGGCACUUCUCCGUGGAGUACCGGCGCCGGGGCGUGGUACCCGGGGGAGGGGUCAGAGGCGGUGUCCGCGGCGGAUUGGCUGCCGCUCGCUGGGGCUGGCAGCGAUUGGAGGAGGUGAAUGGCAACAGUGCGGUGAUUGACAGGCUGGAGAUGGACAGCGUGUAUGUGCUGAGGGUGAGGGGCUGCAACAAGGCCGGCUAUGGGGAGUACAGCGAGGAGGUGUAUCUGCACACUCCACCAGCUCCAGUCUUGAACUUCUACUUGGACUCUCGCUGGGGUCUCCACGCCGACCGCCUGGUGGUGAGCAAGGAGCAGCGCUGUGCGCGGAGCAUUCCGGGCCUGUCGCUGCUGCAGGCGGCCGACCGCGCCCUCACUUCCUGUCACCUGACCGCCGACCUUCUGGUGGGGGACGUGGCCAUCACGCAGGGACGACACUACUGGGCAUGCUCAGUGGAGCCUGGCUCCUACCUGGUGAAGGUUGGAGUGGGAUUGGAGUCGAAACUGCAGGAAUGGUUCCACCUACCCCAGGAGAUGGCUAGUCCACGCUAUGACCCAGACAGCGGGCACGACAGCGGAGGAGAGGACGCGCUGGACUCCCCUCCUCCCUUCACCUUCCUCACCAUGGGCAUGGGCAAGAUCUACCUGCCGCCAAACACCAGCGCCCACCAUGGUUGCCAGAGCAACGGCCGCGACUCCGGCCUCUCCAGUAGCAACGGCCCGUCUUCACCCACCGGCGCCACCUACCCGCUCCCGCCUCGGCUCGGCGUGUGUCUGGACUUCGAGAAGGGACGGGUCACCUUCUACGACGCCCAUUCGCUCCGCCCGCUGUGGGAGGGGCCUGUGGACUGUUCCGCCCCCGUGUGCCCGGCCUUCUGCUUCAUUGGGGGAGGAGCUCUGCAGCUUCAGGAGCUGGUAGCCAAUCGCAACGCGGAUCAGACCCCCGUGAGAAGGGUCACCAUCCAAUCCCGCGUCACCAAGAUAAAUAAGUGAAUUUGUUUUGCGAAACUUGCUGUACUUAUCUACCUAAUUCUUCGUUACGACAGGAGAAACUUCCUAGCCUUAGUGCUUUUGUUUUUAUAGUUCCUUUAUAGGUUUUUAUUUCUAUUCUAACAAAUAUGCAUAAUGUAACUAACUUUCUUACUCUGUUGUUGUUUCUAUUAAGUUAGCGUGGUCGCUAGUACUAAUCCGCUUUGAAGCCGUUUCGCUGAAAGAAAAAAAACAAGACACCUAUGUAUAUUUAGAGUGUCACUGACCCUAGUGUGUCUAAUAGAACAGCUAUACGUGUCUGUAGAUAUAUGCAAGAUCAUUGAUUUCUGCAAUUAAUCACCGUUCCUUUCCUCAUUGUUCUGGUUGUGGUCAGACCCUAGCUCGCGCUUGAUCUCCGUACCCGCUGUCCCACUCUAUCAGUGUCUAUUCGUCUGUUUGUCCUGGUCUGUUAUUACUGCCUUUCGGAAACAGGAUGCAACAACUCCUGACUGUUACCCUCAAGUCGUUGCCAUGCAACCCCCCCACAUCCCCUCCACACACACACACACACACACACACACACACGUGCGCGCGCAUCGUCCCUUCCAUCCCCCAGCCCCCCAUUGUCAUGACAACCAAAGAGGUUAGGCGAAGGGCCUGCCCAGAGAUCUGGCAUGCAGAUGUCAGUGGAAGUGGGUAUUCCAAGUCAGCGGGGAGCUCGCAAACACAGUGGGUAUUUAGUGACGGAGUCUUUGAUAGAGUUUGGCAGGGCAUGGGGUGGGUUGGGUUGGAUGGCGUGGUGAUGGGGAUGGUGGGGGCUUUGGAGCGCAGUGGGCCAUGGUAUGGGCUCUCUGCACAGUCACCCCCCCUCCUCCACCACCCCCAUGAGAAACACAAUGCCAGCGUAGAGCUUUUCAGAGCUUUUCUGGGCCCUGAGAGCUGUUUAAACCAGUUAUGCUCUGAUUCAAGUGUAAAUCGUAAGCAUUAAGAAAUGCUCAUAAAGUCCUUAUUAAGACGUGUACAGUCCCUGUGAAACUUCACAUAGUAAUCAUUGAAAAGGGAUGGCUUGGCUUAUGUAGAUGUCAGUUAGAUUAUGUUUUAGAGGUUGUCCUUUUGGACAACUCUUUUGUGAAGUAGUGCUGAACUAGUCCUUAUAAGGGUUUCUCGUCCUAACCAAGGCUUUGGCAAUGUUGCUGGAGAAAGCUGAGUUUGGCUUACGUGGAUGCCUUCUAGAUUACGUCUUAGAAAUCCUCCCAGGGUGAUUCUCUUAGCGGAUGAGUUCUGAUGCGGUUUGUAUAAAGACUAGUGAAGCGUUUAAAGAGGAGGAGACGUAGGGGUUAUUUAUUGACGUGUGCGUGUGAGACCCUUAAGAGACUAUCCGCAUUUCACAACCACUCCGAGUCUCUCUCUCUCUCUCUCUCCGUGGGGUCUGGUAUCAGGCUGGUAGGAGAUCAGAUAACAAGAUUGAGUGAGAGGCAUCUGUCCUUCAUUAGGCUGGCUUGGCCUGGCCAGAGGGGGUUCGCUAAGCUAACCCCCUCUAAUGUAUUUAGACAGCAUUAUCAAAGCUAACUAAACCAACAGAUCCCGUUUUUUUUUUUGGGGGGGGGGGGCAGCGAAAUCAGAUGCGUGCUACCUACCUACAUGCUUCAGCUAGCUAACGAGACUUUAUUAGUCUGUGCUAAUCCGAUCCACCUGCUCUGUCCUUGAGAGCAUCCAUUUGAUCCUUCUCCUCUGUUUUUGGCCUUUUAGCGUCUGCCUGCCCGAGAAAGAGGAGAGUAGGUUUGUAGACCUGUCCUCAAGAGCGUCCAUUUGAUCCUUCUUCUAGCGUCUGUCUGCCCGAGAAAGAGGAGAGUAGGUUUGUAGACCUGUCCUCAAGAGCGUCCAUUUGAUCCUUCUUCUAGCGUCUGUCUGCCCGAGAAAGAGGGGGAAUAUGUCUGUAGAUAUGAUGACUGCAAACACAGCCUUAAGGCCAUGCGCUCUGUGCUCUGGUUUGGAUGCAGAAAAGGGACGGCAAUGCCAUUCAAUAAAUCUUACUCUUUUGGAUGAAUGUUUCAUUCAUGGGGGAGUGCAAGAGCGAUGAGGAGAAGAGAGUAAUGCUUUAUGAAAAUGUUAUGAGCAAUAUUGAGAAAUGUUGGCCCAAGAGGCGCAUAUAUUCUUAACCACUGAAAAUGUCUCCUUUCACUUUGGAAUGAAAUUCUUCCUAGGAGCAAAGAAAAUGCUUCUCAGAGGUCAACGUCAUGAUAUAAAGGAUUUUUGUAGUGAAAACGUUCACCUGCCAGUUCGUUUUAGUGGCGAAUGAUCUCCACUGAUCUCCGACUUUAUGUCUCUCCCAUAUUUAUCACCUCGUGAGGUUUACGGUGUUAAAGAGACUCAUCUUUGAAUUGAAGCCAUAUUCCUGUGUCACGGUCCAGGCCCUGCGUGCCGGAUGGACCUUGUUUUUUUUUAACGGUGCGUUUAACAGGUUUGUAUUAUUCUUAGCACUUCCUCCUCAGUCGCAGCUGCACCAUCACAGAGCACAUCUGCGGAGCGGAAAAGUUAUAAGUCUAUAGGGGUGUAAUGUAGGCGUAGUUCUAUAGGGACACGUGCAAGAUCUCUCUCUCACUCACACACACACACACACACAUAAACAUACACACACACACACACACACACACGUUACGUAUGCCAAAAGGCAAUUAUUGUGUUCACGUACACUAUAAUGUCACUGUAGCAUGUGCACAUAAUGUGUGCAUGUUUGACUGAUUGUGUGUGUAUGUGUGUGUGUGUGUGUGUGUAUGUGUGUGUGAGUGGCUAUGGAAAUAUAAUGUAUGGAAUAUGUGGAGGAAAUGAGGAACAAACCAUAAGGAUCAUGAAUGCAUCAAUUGUGGGCUUCAUUUUCUGUAGACCUAAAACAUGUAUUUGAUUAAGUGUUGGACAAUGAAAUGGAAAAUGGAAUGCAAUACGUAUAUACUAAUGUUAUGUGUGUGUGUGUGUGAUUGAGUGAGUGAGGGAAUGAGAGAGAGAGAGAGAGAGAGAGAGAGAGAGAGAGAGAGAGAGAGAGAAAGUGUGUGUAAGAAAAUGGCUUACCCUUUUUGCUUUCUCAAAAUUGUCUUGCUUCUCAUUGGCUGAUGUUGCUGCUAUUGCUUCUACUCUGAUGUUUUGUUUCAAGCGAGUGGCCCGGUCAGGAAGAGGGCUCCUGGUCGGACUUUAAUUUGGCAAGCUGUGCUUCCAAGGAAUGGCUCUAGACUGUAGCGUUUUCCGAGUUUCACGUGCACCACACCUGCAGGCAGAACGAACGUUUGUGAAAUUUAAACUGAAUUGAAUUGAGUUGGCUAACAUAAAGA